AUGAGUAUACUUUCUAGAGCUGCUAAUAAGUUGCAACCGGGCAAGACGCUACUGGUUCCAAAAAACAAAUUCAAAGUAGCAGAUGAAGAAUGGGGACAUCUACCUGAGUACGUGGUUCCAGCAGCUAACAAGAUUGUACAUCCAUUCUACCAAUAUCCUAAUGCUACCGAACGCACAGCUUUGUGCAUCACUGAAAGGAAUCCAAAACUUUUCAAUGGGAAGCCGGUAUUACCAGCAUUUGUGAGACACCCAGUGACAAGUGAAUCUACUCUAGUGGAAUCCAGAUUGAGUUUUGACACAGUUAAAGAUGUAUCAAAAUGGGUUCAGAGAAUACAUAAAUCCGGAGACCGUCUCUUUCAUAAAGUCAACAUUACUUCAUCAGACUCCGGACCAAAAGUGAGAAAAACGAAACUGACCUCGGAGUCUCCAUUUGUUAAACAAUUAGACAACUUUUUGAACAGCCAUCCACAGCUGUCAUUCGAGACAUUAGACAGUGAAUUGAGCAAGCUAUUCAUAUUCCAUAAAGGUCAGGAAGUUAUCUAUUUGGAGGAGAUUUUUUUGUACAUAUUGCAGAGAGACAACUUAACAGUUCCGCAAUGGAAGGCCACCUUGAAAACUUUACCAAAAUAUGUUGGUAAGGAAAUAGAUGAUAUUGAUAUGCUCAACACAUUAUUGAUUCAAUGGGUUCUCUCGGGAGAACAGUUAUUCACGAAAAUUGAUACACCAGCCCUUAACCUACUGUGGAACGUGAUAAAGAGUAGCAGGGAAUCUUUAAACCAAAAUAUAAUAACUAAUCUCAACAAUGUUCAACUUGAUAAGCUUUUUGAUACAUUCUUAAAGGGUAAGGAUAUCAAGGUGUCGCGGAUUUUACUAGAAACUUUGGCAUCUCGCCGUAUUAUGCCAUCUCUACCGUCCAUAGAAGAAUACAUUGAACUCGUCGGACAGGCUGGUCAGGAAACAGAUGCAGGCAUUGUUCCACUUGAAAGAAAAUCAAAACUUUAUCUUUUGCACGUACUUUCCCCGGUAUUCGCCUCUAAUUUAACAUGCAGAAUGACUGAUCUCCUGUUACCAUACUGUAUUCACCAAUCAGAGAUAUUUGCUUUGUUGGACUUAGCCCUCAAAUCAAAAUACUCUAAAGACAUUGCAAAAUCUUGUGUCAACAACUUCGUGCUUAGAAUCGCACAGUUGAAGGACUCUCAAGUGGACAAUAGUCUUAACAUUUCUUCAUUAUAUUAUAGAAUUAAGGCAUACAAUAAUGGAACUGUACCGAAUGCAAAUCUUCUUGCUUUUAUCAUAGCAUUACUCACUAACUCUAACUUUAGAGCAGUACAGACCAUUAUCAACGAACAACCUGUCAAAGAGAUCACCAAAGUUAUCGAAGUUGUCAAAAAUCAAACCACCUUUAUUGAUCAGUUUGGAUUUACUGGAGUUGAUAGAGAGACGCUACUGCACUUUUUGAACAAUAGAGCAUAG